UCUCCGCACUGCUGGCCCCUACCCGUCCGUCGUGUGUCACGUGCAGCAGCAUCAUCAUCAUCACAUCAUCAUCAUCACAGCAGCAGCAGCAGCAGCAGACAUUUGCCGAGCACAGACACGGACUGCGGUGGCCCACUGCGCGCUCGUGCUUCGCGUGGGCGCAUCCGAGGGACACACGGGAUCGUACCCUUUACUCCGGCGGUGUGCCCUGACGCCCACCUUUCUAGCCUGCUCGUGUGGACGGUUGACUGCAGAUUUGAUGGCGCUGUGCCGGCUGGUCUGAUCGAGGGCUUGCGGCCAGGGGGGAGGAGGGAGGAGGCGGGUGGGCGCAUCUGUGGGGCCGCAGAGAGAGAGAGAGACAAUCCUCUGUCCACGGCCGCGUCCGUCCUCUGCCCUGUGGUUGUGAAUGGACUGCGCUCCCUCCGUGAUUUUCUGCAUUCGCUCUGAGUCAUUAGAGGAAGAAGAUGGCGGACAGGGCUGAGAUGUUUUCCCUAUCCACUUUCCAUUCCCUCUCUCCUCCUGGAUGCAGGCCAUCCCAUGACAUCAGCCUGGAGGAGUUUGAUGAUGAAGAUCUCUCUGAAAUUACAGAUGACUGUGGGAUUGGACUCAACUAUGACUCUGAUCCAUACGAGAAGGAUUCCCUUAUUCUGGAGAAGAAUGACCUGCACCAUCCAGUCUGCUCCUUCCAGGAUGACUUCCAAGAGUUUGAGAUGAUUGACGAUGAAGAUGAGGAUGACGAGGAGGAAGAGGAUGAUGACCCUGAUGCGCCCCCAUCGCCCUUUGCCUCCCCUCCUCUCUCCCCUACUCUUGGCACUCUUAAGAGCCGACCCACCACACUGAACCUCACCGCUGCUGUGUCACAGGAUUCUCUGAACAAUAACAGCAGUCUGUCCCCAAAGAAAGGAAGUUGGCAGGACUCCUUACGCAACCCUGCCUCACAGGGCCGUCUGUCACCGACUCACUCAUGUUUGGAGGAUGGUAGCCAUGUGACAGGCCAGUGCCCAGGCUCUCCAGUUUCCCAGGCACCGGGGUCUCAGAGCAAAAGUACUCUACCAAAACAGACAGGGGAGGGUGGGAACCCCCAGUCCCCUCACAGGCCCCUCCUCUGCGACAUUGAGGGCAACAGGCGCGAGAGGCCAGAAUACGGCUCAUUUGGUCAUCUUAAGUCUCACUCAAGCUCUGGUGAUGUCAAUGACCCAAAAGCGGACCCUUCAAUCCAAAAAAACAGAGUACCCUCCGUAGAAGAGCACUCCCAGUGUUCAGACACAGAGGUGGACCACGACCUCAACAGUCACCACAAUCACAAACAUUCAUACCGGUGUGCCACUGACACCUACACAAUCACCAGCGAGUCAGGUAUGGAGCCAGAGAAUGACCCAGACCCAGAUGGAACCAGUCGCUGUUUGUCAUCCACUGCACCCAUGGGAGCCAAUGAUGGCGCUGACACACCCUUGUCUGAUGAGGAACUGGAUAAGGACUUUGAAGUGGAGUUCAUGUGUAAGGAGACCUAUGAUAUGGUGUGUAAGGAGUCAUCAUACAUUGAAUUCCCCUCCAUUGAACCUUCUGAGCCUGUCUCCUUCUCCAGCUAUUUGUCCUCCAGCCGCUCAGAGGCUCUUGAAGAGACCAACAGUUUGGAUGCUCAAGUAAAUUCUGCCAUGGAGGCAGCAGCGAAUGACUCCACCUCUCCAUCCUCAGAUCCAGGGAUAGCAGAUAUGAACCAGCGGGGUUACUUAACUUCAGACCAGGAUAAAGACCUCAGUUCUCCAGGAUCUGACUCUGAUAUUGAAGGGGAGUUGGAGGCAGCAUUUGCCUGCGGAGGUCCCGUUGUCUCAAACAUGAUCUCCUCUAUCUCAGAGACAGAGCUGGACCUUACCAGUGAUGAUAGUAGCAGUGGACGCUCAUCCCAUCUCACCAACUCCAUUGAAGAGGCUAGCUCACCUACAUCAGACCAAGAACUGGACCCGGAUACAGAGUUAGAGCAGGACAGUGGCAUUGUUGGAUUGAAAGCAUCUCUACUUCUUGGCCAGCCAGACCCAAUCAAAGAAGGAUCUACUUUACCAUCUCCUUCACCUCUACCCUCACCCACAAUUGCUACACCAUCCCCUGUUGACUUGCCCAUCUUACCCCCUGACUCUUAUGAUGACGGUCAAGCUCUGAUGGGGCUGCAGAAUGUGGAUGAUGAGCUGUCCUGCGAGCACCAGGCUGACCCAGAUGAGACUCUACCACCAGCCCAAACCUGUGAGGACAGUCUGUCCAGACAGAUGGUUCUCCAGAUAGAACCAGACCACAGCCUAGAGAGCUUCAAACGCUCCUUCUACCUGCCAGUGGGGCCGAGGAUGAUACCAAGUGCAGAUGAAUAUGAUGGAACAAGUGAAGGGGACUCAGAAUCUGAAAGCGAAGACGACUUAAGUGAGAAUUCAGACUCACCCUGGCUGCUCAGCAACUUGGUCAACAGGAUGAUCUCAGAGGGCUCAUACCCAAUAACCUGCCCCGAGGAGUGCUUCAAGAGAAAAGUAUCUGUGUCGGACACCAUCUCACCAUCCUCCGACAUUGGAGAGGGAGAUGGUUUCAAUGAUGAGGAUGGUGAGAAGAAAUCAGGGAUGGAGGAAUCAGAGGAAGAGGAAAAGGAGGGGGAUGGAUACAGAAUGGAAAUGAUGGCGCCUGGAGAAAGAAAGAGUGUGGAGUCCUCAAAAGAAGGAGCAGUGAUAAGUCCCUGUCUCUAUAUGAGUAACCUCACUGGUGACACCAUAUCCCCUCUCAUUUUAGACCGCUGUUCAAACAAUGGGACAGGAACCACAGAUUUCAAACCAUCAAAAAAUGGCAGGAGACAAGAGGAAGAUGAAGAGCCCAAUAAUGACUUGAUGAUGUUGGAGAGAAGGAAGGAUUUGGACUCACCAAGCCUCAGUGAAAGUGUUGUUAGCGACAAGGAUGAAGGUCGAGAGACGGAGCCCAGACCAACAAGCCGCUCAUCAGCCUCGCUUGAGCGUAUCACAGAGGUCAAACAUAGCCUGACACUGGACAUACCCACCACCCAGACCAACCGCUGCUUCAGCCUUACCUACUCUACAGACAAUGACGAAGAGGAGGACGAUGGGGACGCUUAUCCAUUCCUGGGUGGCUUAAGGAAGCAGUCCUAUAGAGGUAGUGACUUGGAGCUUGACAGUUCACCGCCCAUAGAUUCCAGUGUGCAAGACCAUUGUUUAACUGACAAUGACCUCCCACUGUGUGAGAAAGAUCUGGGUCUAAGGCAGUCGAAUGAAGAUGAUGGGCUGGCCUAUGACUCCAUGAAGUACACACUGGUAGUGGAUGAAAAUACUACGCUGGAGCUAGUCAGCCUCAGAAGAUGCACCUCUGUUCUGAGUGAUGACAGUGAGCUUUCCACACUAUGUGAUGAGGAGCCUUUGGGAACGACUGACGUGAGCUACGGUCGAGAGGAUGAGAAGGUGAGGCCAGAACUUGUAAGUUCUUCUGAGGACUCCUCUCCUGAGGCCGACCUUCCAUUCUCCAAGAAGUUCCUCAAUGUGUUCGUCAACAGCACAUCUCGCUCCUCCAGUACAGAAUCCUUUGGACUUUUCUCUUGUACAAUCAAUGGAGAGGAGAGGGACCAGACACACAGGGCAGUUUACAGGUUCAUUCCCAGACAUACAGAUGAGCUGGAGCUGGAUGUGGACGAUCCUUUAUAUGUGGAGGAAGAAGAGGAUGACUACUGGUACAGAGGCUAUAACAUGCAGACAGGGGAGAGGGGGAUCUUUCCUGCCUUUUAUGCCCAUGAGGUCAUAGGCCAGUCGAAGGAAUUGUCGGGAAUGAAAAGAAAUCCCGCAUGGAUUGAGACUUUCAGCGUUCAGUUUUUGGGGUCUGUUGAAGUACCAUAUCACCAAGGAAACGGUAUUCUCUGUGCUGCCAUGCAGAAGAUUGCGAUAUCGAGGAAACGGACUGUGCAUGUGCGACCUCCUUCUCUGUGUGAGUUGGAGAUUAGCUUGCAAGGAGUGAAACUGAUCAUGAGCCUGGAGGAUGAAUAUGAAAUCCUUGAUGAGUAUGACAGAUGUAGUCACUUCUUCCAGAUGAAGAACAUCUCGUUCUGUGGGUGCCAUCCGAGGAACAACUGCUACUUUGGCUUCAUCACUAAGCACCCCAUGCUGAGCAGAUUCGCUUGCCAUGUGUUUGUUUCCCAGGAGUCCAUGCGACCUGUAGCAGAGUGUGUUGGACGAGCCUUCCAAGAGUACUACCAGGAACAUCUGGAGUAUGCCUGCCCCACUGAGGACAUUUACCUCGAGUAAGAAGUGUUGCCAUGACGACCGCCUUCUUCCUCCACAGCUUGUGUAUGUUCAUCACGUUUGCCACCAGAGGGCACUGUGAGCGGGGUCUUCUCUCCAUCGUAAAAACUAAAACUGGGAACUUCAUUUCCACAGUAUGCUUGGCAUCUGACUUACUUCAUUCAUCUCUCUCUCUCUCUCUCUCUCUCUCUCUGUGUGUUUCCAUCAGCUCGAUGGAUUGAUUGCCUGUUUCUUUUAUCUUUUUCUAUGAUAUCAAACUAAGACGCUGAGCACCUGUUUAUUCAAAGGUUCCUCUUUUGAAAUGAAAACAAUGUACCUACUACUGCUGUUUCACUUUUCAAUGCAUGGCUAGUAGGGUUAAUGCACACAGACACACCAAGAAAUCCACAUAUCCAAGUGAACGGCAAGCAGCUCAACAAUCAGCACGGGAGGGGUGUAGAAUCAAGAGGUUGGCGUUGAAUUAACUGUAAAUAUGUAUUUGUUCAAUAUUGACAAACUGCUGGUUAGAUUUCUACUGAUAGUGACAUUGGAGAAAAGUAGAGAGAGUACAGUGAACAGUCCUUGGUCCAGCUUACCAACCCCCCCCCCCCGUGUUGCGUACAAGACUUAGUGUGUGUUGUAAAUACAUGUAUAGAAAGUAGACAGACAGGCGCCUCAUCCACACUAAUUAAGAAACACUCACAGUUGAGACUGAUGGAGGGGAUUCUGUUCUUAGUUUUGUUGUGGGUAUUAAUGUCUGACAGGAGCGACUGCAGGUGUAUGAGAUUAUUUAUGAUUGAUUAUUUUAGAAAAGGUGUAAAGACUUGGAAUGAACUCUGAAUGUUAUCAGCCCCUGCAGAUAUUUUAUUCAGCUUGGAUUAAGUGCAGUAACUGUCAGCAGAUUUUCACUUUGGUCCAGUCCAGUUUGUUGACCCUCGCCGUGGAGGAGCUGUCAUAGAGAAUCAUUUAACUGUGGAUCACUUUUGCUUUGCAAUGAUUGAUGUGACUUUCAGGUCAGAGAAAGCCUCUGAAAAGCCAUAUUCUCACACCUCUUGACUGUUGAACUCUGGUUUUUAGUGACGUUCUAGUCUCCAUUUACUUUUUGACUUGGCAGUUUCAACGAGGGAAAGGAACGGCUGGAUUGACCUGCAGCCAUGUGUCAGUAGGGCUGUAUGGCCGCGUGACAGCGACUUGCUAAUUCUCGGACCUGGUAUCACAGUGGAAUUGAACCUUUAAUAAACGGUUUUGUAGUUAUGUAAAUGGUUAGACUUUGAUCUGUUUUUAACUGUUAAGGAGAGGAGCGAUAGCGAUAUGUUCCCAUAUUUAUUUAUUGCUUUUAGUCUGGGCAAGGAUUAAAGCAUCAUUCACACGUUGCACAAUAACCUACUCUGGGCUUGUUUGAGCACAUCACCUUAUUUUCUAGCACCUAACAAAGGGGACGGGGUAUGUUUAAAACAUGACGCAGUCAACACAGUUGACUGUUACAUGGAAUUUUAGGCUUCGAGGUUUUACCCUACCGUCUCCCUACCAUCCACAUCGUUCUCCCUGUUCGGCAUCUUGUUCUGCUGCUUUCAGUCACAGUCCGCCAGAAGAAACAAACACCUCAGAUCUGCAGGAUUUCAGUGUCAAAAGUUCACUGAAUGUUAAAAUGCCAGGAGGGAGGUGGGGUGUUAUCUACAUAUGUAUCGCUGUCAGUUAGAUCAUGUAUAUACAAUAGCGAAUCUAAGAUAGUGCUGUGUCCUUUAUGUUGAGUAUGUUACUGAAAUAAAUAUGUACUUUAAUUAAAAAGAAAUUCUAAAAAAAAAAAUUUAAAAAAGAUCACAACCAGACAAAAACCCCUGAAAGAUUAGAAAAACGCUUAAAUAUCUUGUGAUCUGCAAUAAUUUUAUUUCAGUGUCUUAUGUGUCCACACAAGGUGUUAUCCCAGUAUCUGUCACACACGUGGUAUUUGGGUUCCUGCGAUAACUCUCAACAAACAGGCUUCAGCAGCACAUUUAGGGCAUAUUUGUGAUAUGUGACAUCUGAAGUGUGUCAAACACCCACCAGACUAUCGACCAAUCUGCUGUUAGAGCUGAAUAGUGACUGAGUCAGCUGUCACAGGAAAACUAUUAUUGCGUCUUGCCGAUUAUAGUAAUUGCCUUGGAGUUCCAACAUUAUGUGACCCAUCUCUAAUCUGUAUCUAGUUGCUUCUGAUGUUGCUCAUGAUUUUGAUCUUGUUACAGCCUAGUUCAAAUCAUUUUCUUUCAGCUACACAAAACAGCCUCUGAGGGUUAUCUAGUCCCAUAUAGUUGCUGAGACAUACAUUAACAGUUAAACCAAACUUUUGACUUUACUACAUUAACAAGAUUCUUCACUGUAUACCUAAGCAAAACAGUAUGUGACAGAACAAACAUAUCUUAAUCUUGUAUCUUCAAAAACAGGGACUUGUAAAAUGAAAGCGAUGAAACAGAAAAAAAAUUACAAAAAAAAUGAUCACUCUGCCUUGUCUUGGAUCUGGUCUUAUGAAUAAAAUAUAUGCUUGAUGUCCAAA